AACCUCACUCCGCGAUGCGCCCGCUCUGAACUGCUUAAAGCGCGUGUCAUGUUUGCUAAUUUCGAACUGUCUACCGGCGGGUUGGUCGCCGCGGAUGUCAAACCCAAGCGAACGCGUACAGAUCUGGGCUGUCUACCAUGUCGGCGAAAGAAGAAGAAGUGUGACCUGGCGAAGCCUGUCUGCCUGCGCUGCCGGAAGAGCAUUGGAUCAGUUGUCUGCGAAUGGCCUGCCCACGCAGCGUCGCUGGCCUCCGAGGAUGGCGGCAGAUAUCAACCACGUCUGGAUCUUGAUGCUGGACGAGAUCCUAUCCAGAUAUCGAUAAAUCCUGGAUCCCCCUCUCAGACUACUAUGGUACUUCGUGACAAGGCACGAACAAAUGACCACGGCACGAUCACUCCGGACACCACGAGACGUGUAUGGGAGACACCCUCACCACAGAACAGCAUAGAGAAUUGCAUAACUCUUGAGCUUCCCGCUGGGGUUAAGACGGUAUCACCUCAAUUGAUUCAGAUCACGACUACAUUCGACAAGGCCAUCAUUUCACCAGACAAUGCCAGUCUCGAGCAACCAGCAUCACAGCUUUGCCUGCCAUUGUGUCUGCAAAACUCAUCUCUUAUGCAUGCUUGGCUAUCAUGCGGCACUGCUUUCGUAACAAAGGCAGAACCGGGAGGCACUCAGAAGGCUCUCGUGCAUUAUCAGCAAGCCGUCAAGGGCUUGGCUACCGCUCUGACCCAGACUGGUCUAAAUGCCCCGGAGUGGAAGUCGAUGAGCCCAAGGACUGAUGAACGUGCUAGUAUGCGGGUAGCGCAUCUUAGCGGUGCUCACAACUUGGUUCGAACAAGCAUGAUGAAUAAAGCACCAUCAUCCAUGCACCAGCUUCUACUGCUUGAGGCUUAUUCGUUUCGUACGGUGCACAAUCGGUUGUUUCAGCCCUUUCCUUCAUUACCUUACGAUUAUAUCGAGCGCUUGUACGAGACGAUGUGUCUUCCUGGAAGUCCUCGACAAGAUAUGAUCGUACAAUGGAGAAAGUGCCCCUGGGUGGGCAUGUGCGCUCCUCUGUUCGACAUGGCCUUCAAGCUGUGUUGGCUGAGAGACAGGCUGCCCCUUCAAGGAAAAGACUUGAUUGACGCGAUUUCUUUGUCGACCAGGAUCAUGAAUUGGCGAGCACCCGUGGAGGCUCCAGAAGAUCUGUUCGACGUCGACUCAGGUACGGCGGAUACUUUCAUGAUGAAGAAUCUGCUUUCAGCCAAGGCGUGGUACUAUGGCUGCCUCUUUCUUUCACAUAAGCUACUAAACCCUUCGAAUGGUCCUUUCGAUCCGGAUCUUCUUGCCAUAUCCCGCCAAAGUCAUAAGGUCUUCCAACAGAUGGAUCUUCUGAAAGGUGCAUCUGCGCUUUUACUUUGGCCGAUAUUCUUGCUUGGUACAGGUGCAGUAACACCUGCUGAUCAAACAGCAUUCACUAAUGCCAUUGUAUCGUGUGCCCCUAGAUCGGGCCCUGGUACCAUCCAACGAACCACACAGCUUCUGCAUUGGUCAUGGGCGCCAGAUGCUGAUCUCGAAGCAGGGUUCUUGGGCUCCGACAUCAUCCUUCGAACUGAUAUUCUCAGGCAAUUCUUCAUGUGA